AUGUAUGUAGUCCUGUGGUACAAACAUAUUAAGCCAAUACACGGACGAACGUGGAAUAACGUCGCGUCAUCGAAUGCUUCUUCCCAUGAAUCGAAGCAAAUAACUGGCGCCAAGGACCUCGGGAGGCAAAUCCAGAUGCACCCCACGCCAUCCAGGUAUGAAAGUAACUCACUUGACUUUUCUUUAACAUACUUGCAAACUAUAACUGAGAAUAUGUUUCAGGCUGAUAUUCGUAACGAGCGUGCAACCGUUAGUUACAGAGGUGAAAAAAAUGGUUAUGCAGGUCCGGCAGUGCAUACCUGCAUGAUUUAUGUAGAAAAACAAAGCUUAAUGGUACCUCGGUGA